AUGUCUGACCCCGCCUUGCUUGAAGAGCUCGCAGAGCUGGCGUUUCAUAAGGGCCAGAUUGAGAAAUGCGAAAAUGCCGGAACCGGUGGCAACUUUACGCCAGCCGUCUUCCUAGAAGUCGUGCGCUACGUUGACAGAGAACAUGGGGAUGACAUUGCGAGACAUUUUCAUGAGUGCAUUGACCACCACGAUGGUUCGUUUGACCUCACUCGUGUCGAUCACUUUGCGGCACUGGCUGUCGCUGCGGCCAGAGGAUAUUUCACCAGGGACAAUCGGGGCGAAGCAAACGAAGCGUCGUACAUUGUAUGA